GUUCCGCGCUGGGCGGGCGGCGCCGGGAGUAUGGCGGAGCCCACCGUGUGCUCCUUCCUCACCAAGGUGCUGUGCGCCCACGGCGGCCGCAUGUUCCUGCAGGACCUGCGCGCCAACGUGGAGCUGUCUGAGGCGCGGCUGCGGGACGUGCUGCGCCAGGCGGGGCCCGACCGCUUCCUGCUGUCUACCUGCACUCUUUCCCAUGACAUCCACACACCUGUCAACAUCCAAGUGCUGAAAAACCAUGGGCUUUUUGGCCUCAAUGAGGCCCAGCUUCGGACCCUGCUUUUGCAGAAUGACCCCUGCCUGUUACCUGAGGUCUGUUUGCUGUACAACAAAGGAGAAGCCCUUUAUGGCUACUGCAACCUCAAGGACAAAUGCAACAAGUUCCACGUGUGCAAGUCCUUUGUGCGAGGAGAGUGCAGGCUUCAGAAGUGCAAGCGCUCUCACCAGCUCAUUCACGCCACAGCCUUGCAGCUGCUGCAGGACCAAGGGCUGAAUAUUCCCAGCGUCGUUCAUUUCCAGAUCAUCUCCACCUACAGGCACAUGAAGCUGCACGGGAUGCUUGAAGACAAAGGUAAUUCAGCCUCGGCUGGGGAGCAGUCACAGGGCCUGGAGACACAAGGCACGCAUGGAGCCGGGGUGCCUGCUCAGACUCCCCAGAAGGUUCCUGGCCCUGCUCAGUCUCCCAAGAAGGCAGGUGCAGCACUGCUUAGUUUCAGACCUUCAUCCCCGUGCGCAUUUAUUCCACGGAGGAGCUCAGUGGCUCACUCACGUCACGUCUGCGGAGUUUACGCGGGAGGUGCUGGCACCGCCCUUGUACGUCAUGAUGGCCGCCUCAGUACCUCAUGAUGGCCGCCCCUGCACGUCAUGAUGGUCGCUCCUGUACCUCAUGAUGGCCGCCCCUGUACCUCAUGAUGGCCGCCCCUGCACGUCAUGAUGGCCGCCCCUGUACGUCAUGAUGGUCGCUCCUGUACGUCAUGAUGGCUGCCCCUGUACCUCAUGAUGGCCGCCCGCUGUAAUCUUUAACUGACUCACUCUAGCGGACUGCACUGGUCUCCUAAAUUCCUCCUCUCCUCUGCUCUCCAUCUCGCUGCCUGGUUGACCUCUGGAAACAUGCACCUACUAAUAUAGCUUUCUCUGCCAUCACCUUUGCGCCCCCUUUCGGAGGCGUCGUAAAUGAGAGUGCCUCCGACCCGGGAAGGGCAAGAAGUGGGCUGAGCUGAGGGAAGGGGGGCCGCUGUGUGACUGGCCUCUGAAAAGGGCGCAGCCUGCCGUUUCCUUGGGGGAAUGUGGGCCCAGUGGGUCCCAUUGCCUACUUCAAAAGAAGCCAGUAAUCCAGACUCUCAUCGGAAAUGUCAGCUUUAAAAAAAUUUUAAAUAUUGGCUUUUCAUUGGAUUUUUUUUUAAAAGAUUUA